CAAUGGACACCUGAAUGCACCGUGAAGUCCAGUCCAAGCCCGCACGCUUUAGCUACCUAGUUGUUUGUUUGCAUAACUCACGGGGAAUGCAAAAUGUUGUCUUAUUGACUUCAGGGAAGCAGGAGGAUUUUCACGUUCUGCGGUUUCUCCUGUUAACUCCGACUCGGCAGUGGCCAUGGUGUCUGGACAAGUGCAGCUGAAGGCUACCGGAAACACGUUGUGUAAGUCAGGAAGCAUUGCUGUCUUCGGGAACGUGGUAUACAGCGGACUGCUGAACGAUCACCUCUGGCAUUUGGGAGUGCCCCUCUUUACAAGACUGGGUAACCAAGAGGCCACCAACCCCCCAGAAGCGAUGGCCCAGCCGUACACCCCAGCCCAGUACCCACCUCCCCCACAGAAUGGCAUCCCCGCAGAGUUUGCGGCACCGCACCCUCUUCCAACCCAGGACUACAGCGGGCAGAGCCGGGUUCCCGAGCACGCCAUGACCCUCUACACGCCCACACAGACGCACAGCGAGCCGGCCGGCACUGACAACAGCACACCCGCCAUCACCGCCACCACGACCGCACCGGUCAGUGUCCUUCAUCAUCUGCAAACACUGUUCUCAACACGCUGUCAGCAAACAGAUGAUGUGACGCAAACAGAGGGCUCUCAGCAGCUCCAGCUCCAGCACUCAGACUCUUCAGAGAAGCAGCAGCCGAAAAGGUUACAUGUCUCCAACAUUCCCUUCCGCUUCCGGGACCCUGACCUAAGGCAAAUGUUUGGGCAAUUUGGAAAGAUUUUAGAUGUGGAGAUUAUCUUUAAUGAGCGAGGAUCCAAGGGCUUUGGGUUUGUAACUUUUGAAACAAGCACAGAUGCUGAUCGUGCACGGGAGAAACUAAACGGUACAAUCGUAGAGGGACGCAAAAUAGAGGUGAACAAUGCAACAGCACGAGUGAUGACAAACAAAAAAGUGGCCAACCCUUACACGAAUGGCUGGAAGCUGAAUCCAGUGGUGGGAGCUGUCUAUGGUCCUGAACUGUAUGCCGUAACAGGGUUUCCCUACCCUGCCACAGGCGCUACAGUGGCCUAUAGGGGUGCCCACUUGCGAGGUCGGGGACGGGCUGUGUACAACACAUUCCGCACAGCUCCACCGCCACCACCAAUCCCAGCUUACGGAGCGGUGGUGUACCAAGAUGGCUUCUAUGGUGCAGAGAUCUAUGGUGGCUAUGCAGCAUACAGAUUUGCCCAGCCCACCACCACCGCUGCUUACAGUGACAGCUAUGGCAGAGUCUAUGCAACGGCAGACCCCUACCACCACACGAUUGGCCCUGCUGCCACAUACAGUGUGGGGACUAUGUAAAUACAAAAGGAAGAGCUGUACUCAGUAUUGAUGGACAUCACAGAUGAAAACAACGAAGAGAGGAGAACUAGCUUUAAGAAAAUAACACAAGAAGAAGAAGACGAGAAGGAGUCCCUCUACUGAGGCUGGCGGGGGAAGACGGGAGGCGUACAAAGUGGCGCCGCAGCAGCGGUGUCAAACCAGCCACAAACUUGACAGACGGAGUGAGCCAGUUUCCACCAGGGACCACCUUUUUGCCGGAUAGAAAAGACAGAGAGAAUGAAAAGUGUCCCGUUAUUAUAAAACAUUUUAUUUUUCUAUACUUUUGUGAUUUACAAUAGUAAAAAAAAAGUGUGUAUAAAGCAGUAUAUAUGUACAAAUCUGUUUUUAUGUUUUUUGGUAAGGGAGAUGAACAGUUGGCCCUUGAUGCUGAUUCUGUGGUAUGCAGGAAGGAGGAGGGAGGAGCCCCCCCCUCCUCUCUCUAUGGCAAACUGCUCUGUCGCCGAGGUCGUGUAAAACAAAAACAUAAACAGAAAGGUGGCAGGGAGAGCUCGGCGUCCAGGCAGAAGCACUUUCUACGCUGUACUUCCUGUGGGUGGAGUCAAAGGUCAGCCUCCUGGUCUCACUGCUCCACCUUCUUCCUUUCAGUCUCCCUGACCUCCUUCCUUACUAACUUCCUUUUUCGGGCUGGUGAUGUCGCUCCUUCCUCUGCGGUGUCACUGGCCGGCAGCGCCUACUGUUAGCAGCGUCCCCCGUGGAUACUGUCGUGAUGUCACUUUCUCCUGGCAGCACCAUUGGGCAUCCCCGCCCUCCCCAAUGGGCAGCGUCACUGGUUUACAGCGUUGGGGAGUGGGGGGGUGAGCCACGGUGAGAGGGUAUAACGCCGAGCCUCCCCGGUCUGCCCCUCUCCACGCCCCAGCAGAGGUCAAUGACUGAGGACUAGUUAAGAGAAAAUGGCGCUGAAGUCGCCGACUUUACUCACCUGCCAGACUCCGAGCCCAAGCCUUUGUGUCACUCUGCACCGACGGACAAACUAUCCGACCAACAAUGAUAAGGUGCGUACAACUACCAAGGAUGCACGUUUCCACCUGACGAGAAUAACUCAUCAACGUCCAUGUAACAAAUUGAAUUAUAAUCGAAUAAUCCCAUUGUACUACAUCAGCAGGUGCAUAACCAAAACACAAGCCUGAGGCAUAUAGACUAUGUCGCUAGAUAAAAACAUUAUAGAAAUACAGUAGUGCCCAUCCAACGGUAACAAGGAACGAGGGCUGAAAUGUCAAAUUUUUUUUGUCAAUGUAUUCUGAGAAUAUUUAUUUGUGUGUUUUUGUUUUGUUUUUUGCAGCACUGAAAACUUUUAAAGUGGAAAAAAAAAAAAAGUUUAAAUUUGGUGAAAGCGAUACCUUAAUUCUUUAUAUCAGAAGAGUCACUGUAAACGUGUUUAAACAAGAAUGUUGGUUCAGUUCUUUGAAUGUACAUUAAUGUCUAGGGUGUCCAAUAAGUAUGUAUUCUUUUUCUGUAUAUAAAUAUAUAUACAUAUCUAUUAUAUGGGCUGUGGUGAUGUCAGGGAGUAGAGGGGGUGGGCAGGAAAGCCUCGGGCCCCCGAACAUAGAUAUCAGACCCCCUCCAACUAAAUAUGUCCCUGAUAUUUACUGUAACAUGUGAUCAUGUGUUAUAUGAUUGAAAGUGUGAUGGUGAUAGUGUGAAAUGAUCUCCCCUGAACCCCUCCCCCCUUCCCCCCACCACACAAACACACACCCUGUGCUGAUGCUCAUAGAUUGGCAACACAUGCAGAUUUACAAACAAUACUACAUUUUUGCCCCAUUGAAUGCAAAACAUCCCAUCCUACUUUUACCCGACAGACACUUCAGGAAAACAACCUCAUCUGCAGUAAUUUCAGCCCUUUAUUGGAGCUGGGAAGACUUGCUAAUUAGCGCAAGGUGUUGUUGGUGUCAGAUAAAAAAAAAAAAAAAAAAAUAGUUU